CCGAGCAAAGACAACAAAGGGCGGCGGGCAGUGGGAGACCGGCAGCUGUGUGCGAGUUUCUUGGUGCUCCUCUCGGCUGAGGCGUUGUUGCCUCCCUCCCGCCCUGCUCCAGAUGAAGUGUGAGCACUGCACGCGGAAGGAAUGUAGUAAAAAGACAAAAACCGACGACGAAGAGAAUGUAUCAGUUGAUGCUUCGAGUCGGGCCCAGGAUAAUGGUGAGAAGGGAGAAUUCCAUAAAUUGGCUGAUGCUAAGAUACUAUUGAGUGACUGCCUAGCAUGUGACAGCUGCGUGACUGCAGAGGAAGGAGCCCAGCUUUGUCAGCAGAAUGCCAAGGACUUCUUCCGGGUCCUGAACCUUAAUAAGAAAUGUGAUACCUCAAAGCACAAAGUGCUGGUCGUGUCUGUAUGUCCCCAGUCUUUGCCUUAUUUUGCUGCUAAGUUGAACCUCAGUGUCACUGAUGCAUCCAGACGGCUGAGUGGCUUCCUGAAGAGCCUUGGGGUGCACUAUGUGUUUGACAUGACGAUAGCUGCGGAUUUCAGCAUCCUGGAGAGUCAGAAAGAAUUUGUGCGUCGAUACCAUCAGCACAGUGAUGAGCAGCGUGUGCUGCCUAUGCUGACCUCUGCCUGCCCUGGCUGGGUCCGCUAUGCUGAGCGGGUGCUGGGCCGUCCCGUCACUCCCCACCUGUGCACCACCAAGUCGCCGCAGCAGGUCAUGGGCUCCUUAGUGAAGGAUUACUUUGCCAAACGGCAGAACCUUUCUCCAGAGAAGAUUUUCCAUGUAGUUGUGGCUCCUUGCUAUGAUAGGAAGCUGGAGGCUCUUCAGGAGGGAUUCUCCACUGCUUUGCCUGGCACCCGGGGUACUGAUUGUGUGUUGACAUCAGGUGAGAUCGCUGAGAUAAUGGAGCAGAGUGGACUUUCAGUGAAGGACGCUGCUGUGGACACUCUGUUUGGUGACAUGAAGGACGUAGCAGUGAGGCGCCAUGACGGAGCUGGCUCGGAUGGGCACCUGGCACAUGUCUUCCGACAUGCAGCAAAGGAGCUAUUCAACGAGCACGUGGAGGAAAUCACCUACUGUGCCCUCAGAAACAAAGACUUCCAGGAGGUCACCCUUGAAAAGAAUGGAGAGGUUCUGCUGCGUUUUGCUGCUGCAUAUGGGUUUCGGAAUGUCCAAAACUUGGUCCUGAAGCUCAGGAAGGGCAAGUUCCCAUACCACUUUGUGGAGGUCCUCGCGUGUCCUGGAGGAUGCUUAAAUGGUAGAGGCCAAGCACAGACCAAGGACGGACAUACAGAUAAGUCCCUGCUGCGCCAGAUGGAGGGCAUCUAUGCAGACAUCCCUGUACAGCCCCCCGAGUCCAGCGCACACGUGCAGGAGCUGUACCAGGAGUGGCUGGAAGGCACCGACUCCCUCAGGGCCCAGGAGACCCUGCACACCACCUUCCAGAGCCCAGAGCGCUGCACCACCAGCCUGGACAUGAAGUGGUGAAGGAAGCCAGGGGGCAGCGCCGGCUGUGCAGUGGGAGAGGACCGUGCUGGCGAGGAGUUGGCCCUUCAAGGAAACACCAGUGGGCCGCUCUACUUUUCAGUUCUCUGCUCCCUACACGUAGCAGCAUGUGGUGCUAUCUUCAUCAUGAGUGUGUGGAGUGUUUAUCACAGGAGAACCUCCUCAGUCUAAGUGUCCCUUUAUCAUAAGAUUAUGAGAAAAAUCCCAAAGAGAGAAUAGAAACAUGACUGUCGCCUCAGUUUUAAAACUUCAAAGUGUCCUGCAAAGAGCUGAAGCACUGGGGUGGCCACUGUGACACCGCAGAUCCUUGCUAGAGAAAUGGCAGCAGUGGGGCUGUGUUGUGGUGCCCGUGACACUGAUGGCGUCUGGGGUGUCAGGGCAGGUUGUACUUAUUUCUACUUAUUUCUGCUCCCCGGCCCGGGCUGGCUUUUGUUUUCACUCAUUCAGUUUUGAGAGUAACUGUAAGUUGCUAACAGUGGGCCAUGUUCCACACCACUCCUGGAACCACACCCAGCCAACCGUGUCUUGUGAGCACUGCUGACCUAGGCCUCAGGUUGACCCUGACAUCCAGGCUUUGUUUCGUACUCACCUCAUGGCAGGGGCAAGGCCUGAUGAAAGUCACUGAUGUCACAAGCAGAGUAGAGAACUGAGGGGCACCCACUGGAGCCAUGUUGCCAAGAGAACCCUAGCUUCUCAGUCUCAUUACAUGUUGGGAGGAGGGAACCAGGGCCCAUGCGACAGUGGAGGGCAGCAUCUCCCCAACACGUCCUUCACCUUGGACAGAUUUUCCUCAGCGGGUCUGCUGGUCUUGGCACAUCCUCAUGUCCCUGAUGGUCCCCCCUUGGCCCACUGCCCUGCAGUGUGAGCUCACCUUGAAAGGAAGCAGCAUAUCCAACAAACUAGCUGCUGGGGACAGACCACAGGUACUGUGCUGCACUGGGCUUGGGCUCAUCCUGGGGUACAAGUGCCUGUGGAAGCUGUGGGGCACUUGGGUCUGUUGAUAUGUGGUGGCCUCAGCACAUUAGGUCACCUUUGUCCUCUGCUGUGUAUCUGUUUGAGUAUAACUGGACAUGUUUAAUGUUUAAUUGCAUUUGG